AUGUCGGCCCGUAAGGACCCGUCCUCGGUGAGGAUCCGGGAGGUUCUGCUGGAGAUGAGGCGGUACCGGAUGGGUUUGAUCCAGACGGCCGAUCAGCUCCGGUUCUCCUACCUCGCCGUCAUCGAGGGCGCCAAAUACAUCGGGGGGGACACCAGUCUGCAGGAGUCGUGGAAGGAGCUUUCUAAGGAGGAAGACGAGCCUCCAGAGUUCACCCCCCCUCCUCCUCCCCCCCCCAGAGACCCUCCCGUCGACCGGGUGGAGUCGAGGUUCUUCCCCGAACACCAAGAGGUCCUCCAGAAGGCGCAGACACGCAGCCUGGGGUCCUCUCAGGAGCCGGAGCUGAGGAAGAGGAACCUGGCUGCUCCUCUCCCUCCUCUUCCUCCUGCUGAUGUCCUGAUGGAGGAUCCUCCGUCUCCUGCUCCUCCAAAACCCCCUCGACAGCAACAGCAUCUGGACGAGGAGAAGAUGGAGAAGGAGAAGCUAGAGGAGGAGAAGCUGGAGGAGGAGAAGCUGGAGGAGGAGAAGCUGAAGGAGGAGAAGCUGGAGGAGGAGAAGCUGGAGGAGGAGAAGCUGGAGGAGGAGAAGAAGCAGAAGCGUUUUGAGGGGCCACUGGAGGAGUUAGACCCCCCUAAAGACCCCCAAAGUCCUGGGUCUUGGCCCCUCCUCACCAACGUGUGCCUGGUCUCAUUUCUGGCAGUCGGAGCGUACGUCUGCUACAGAGCCUGCUUCCACUGAGGAGAUCAAACCUACAUUUAGGGGAAGAAUACAAUUUAUUUCAACUUUUUGAUCCUGAAAUCUGGAAAAACCGUUGAAAAUAUAAUUUAUUUCAAUGUUUUUCAUCGUUGAUUUAAAAAUACAAUGAAAUUACAACAUUUCAAACUAAGAACAAGUAUUUGAAAAGUGUUAUCAAGCAUUUUAAUAAUCUUUUUCACGUUUAUUUAUGUCUUCAUAUUUCAGUCAUUAUUUUAUUUUCCAGAUUCAGAACUUUCUUUUCUCGUUUUUUUUACUUUCACUUCGUAUUUUUCGCUUUCAGAUUUUAGCCCUGAUGUUGCGUUGGGGGCGGGACUAACGCCAUGAGUGACAGGUCUUAUAGCUAGUCACGUUGCCUUCAGGGAACCAUAAACCACAAAACUAUCAUGACUCAAAUAUCAGAAUAUAGAUAAAAGAGAAAUAUAAAAAAACGUUUUAUUGCUUCGAACGAAAUCCAAAUAAUAUUCAACCAAAAAAAAAACAUUUUAAUAAUUAUUUUUUAUUUGAAUUAUUGUAUUUUUCGAAGCUCAGGAUCAAAACUGUUGAGAUUCAGUUCCAUGCUCCCCCUGAUCUCCUCCUUUCACCCAAUGACUGAAACUCGUACGUUCUUCCAUUUCAUCGUGUGUGUGUGUGUGUGUAUGUGUGUGUGUAUGUGUGUGUGUCUGAAACUAGGCUCACUGCUUUGAAGUGUUUCACGGUUAAACGUCCGUAUGAAAGGUCACGUUUAAGAUGUUUAAAGAACAAGGUGAAACUAACAAUAACCAAAGGCAGCGCCACAACAAACCCUUAAUCUCAAUAAACCACUCCCAUGUGAUUAUUAGAGAAAGUGACCAAUUGUGCACAAAUAAUUUGCAUGCGGAGGAGUUAAUGAAGAAAUCUCUUAAAAGCAUUUUGCUACGUGUUUUUAUGCGUCUACUUCUUCCUGAUCCAGGUGGUAACCUCCCCAUGUUCUACAUCAACUGAAAGCAGCCGUUUAGCCCAAUUUAAAAUCCAUUUCUAGCCAAAAACUGGUGCUUUUUAGGAAUAUCUACACGGCAACCGAGGGGGGUCUCUAAGGCUGUUGAACCCCCUCUCCAGUCAGACACAUCGGGAGGAACCGGAUCAGGUUUAGAAAACAGAUCACCACAGUUUCUCUCAUUUGUCCUUCAGGGCUUCCGUACUUUUUAAAAACAAGACGAGCUCACUUUCUCAGAUUCACGUGCUCGACAUCUUGAGAUCUUUAGUUGAUAGCGUUGGCUUUGAAUCUGAAGGCUGCGCUCGCUUUGAUCAUUGAUGUGUCGUAACAUUGCCAAAAUCAGUUCCCAGCGUCUCACCUGGAGAUCCACUUCCUUUAUCUGAGAUAUCAUUCAAACACAUCACCGCGGACCUUUCCUACAUUUUCAAUAGAGAAUAUAUUCCAAUGAUGGUGCUCUGAGGCUUUGUUCAGAUGCCUUUACCCUCACAGGUGAUGAUUCACCAGAGAAGCAGGUUCCUUCAUCGUGUUGAUAUGUUAGCUUCACAUCAUUCUACAUGUUGCCUUAUUCUGGAUCCACUAUUUCCUGUGGUGUUUAGAGCCAGUCCUGAGUCGCCCUGUCGAUGCAGGAACUCACAGCAAUAUGCCGACGCGUCGCUCGCUGAAAACCUUCUGAUCAAACCAAAAACCCAACACCAGCACGAGGAGCUGCGGACGGCCUUUUGUACAAUAACGUUUGUUUAAAGCCUGCUGCAUUGUGGGUCACCAGGUGUGUGCGUGCAGAGAUUACCUGAGCUUCAGAAUGUAUUCCAUUAAAUAUAAAUAUAUAUUUUGUUAAAUCAGGUUUCUGUUUGCAGAGAGUCGGAGACGGCUGCGUCUGGUUCUCUACCCUCGUGCCGUUGAGCAGAAACAUGUAUUUUUUUAUUUACAUCUGUUGUUCUUCUUUUUAAAUAAAUACAAACAAACAGA